CUCACCCACACACUCACCCUCCUCCAGCCCCACCGCCCCCACCAUGGCCGCGCCCGCCCUGUCCACCUGCUCCGGUGACCUGAGCUACGGCAGCUGGGUCUGCCUGCCCGGUCCCUGUGACUCCUGCACCGGCUCCUCCUGGCAGGUGGACGACUGCCCAGAGAGCUGCUGCGAGCCCCCGUGCUGCGCCCCGGCCCCCUGCCUGAGCCUCCUCUGCGCCCCAGCGAGCUGUGAGCCCUGUCCCUGCCCAUCUGCCUGCACCAGCUCCUGCACAGCCUUGUGCUGCCCGCAGUCUAGCUGCCAGCCCUCCUGCUGCACCUCCUCCCCCUGCCAGCAGGACUGCUGUGAGCCUGUGUGCUGCAGGCCUGUGUGCUGCAGGCCCGUGUGCUGCACACCCGUGUGCUGCAGGCCCGUGUGCUGCAGGCCCGUCUGCUGCAGGCCCGUGUGCUGUGAGCCCACCCCCUGCCCCUCGUCCUGCUGCAGACCCUCCUCCUGCGUGUCCCUGCUCUGCCGCCCCGUGUGCAGACCCGCCUGCUGUGCCCCUGUCCCCUCCUGCCAGCCCAGCUGCUGCCGCCCGGCCUCCUGCGUGUCCCUGCUCUGCCGCCCCAGGUGCUCCCGCCCCAUCUCCUGCGUCCCCGACUCAGCCUAGAAGUCCUGCUGCUGACUGGCCCAUUCCCCCCUGGGCCAGCCGGGCUCAUAUCCCACCCUGACUUGGUCCCCAGCUUCUCCCCAGUCGGGUCCUGACCUGUAUUAAGUGGCUGACCCACUCAGCACAGGGUCAAGUCUGACAGCCACAUCCUGGUUUGCUCCAACUCUCAGGCCAUUUCCGUGUCUGCAGUCCAGUCCUCUUCUGAGCUGGAAGGUGUGGAAAAACUCCAAGACCAUCUAAAUACUGCGGCUCGGGGGGGGGGGCUCCCAGGAAGCCCCCCUGGCCAUGGCCCCCUGCCAGUUCUGCCUCUUGCGAGGGUGAGCUCAGCCUCCCUCUGUGGUGUCUGUCCCUCAGCUCAGUGACUCUGGACUCUUAAGCAAACCGCCCAUAAACGCCUCGUCCUGCGCACAGUA